ACAAACCUGAAUUUUCAGCCGGCUGUGCUUUUUCGUGCCAUGCCAGGCCCAUGUCGUGCCGGGCAAGACCCAUCAUCUUCCUACCGUGCCCAAACUGGCCCAGGUGCCUCGAAGGGGGAAAAGGCCCAACCCACAAAUUGCCGCGUGACUGGCCUGGCUCGGGCUUUUUUUCGUGAUUGGGCCGUCCAAAAGAUACCCGGUCCGAUGACCAUCAUUAGACGGAAUACGGCCUGGCCUGAUAAAUGCGGCAGCCCAUCGUCAGCACCAACACCACCAAGGCCUCAGCAGGCUCAGCUCUCCCAGACCGGCAGACACCGAUACGACGCCGCCUCCGGCCUCCCUGGCGCGAACCUCUCCACGGACGGGGACGUCCCUUCUCCGGCGACGGGCUGCCACCCCCAUCCUCCCUCGCUACCAGAACAUCGGCCACCCACCCCUCCUUGCCCUUUCUCUCUCGGAUUUACGCAGAUCUACGCGGGCGCGGCGACCCUCCUUCAUAGCCAUGAUUGAGGGCCACCAAAGUGGUGACAGUGGUGGCCAGGAUGCUUCCUCUUGGCAUCAUCUCAUGAGAAAACCUGAACGGUUCUGUGUCGUGGAAAAGGAGUCGACAUAACAUAGCAAUAACUGGUAUAAGUAAUUUUUCUAAUGAUGGUAUGAAUGCCAAUGUAUCAACCGCUGAGGAUGAUGAUCAAAAGUCCCAUAAGGAUACUUCAAAGACGUCACCUUCAGUUAGAACCAAUAAUCUAAGUACAAACCAGCUGGCUGCAAAGACUAUUCGCCUUCGAAUGAAAGGCAAACAUGAUGAAGCUGAGAAACAUUCGGGAGAAAUAAUGGAGUCUGUGCUGGACGAUCAAGACACUUCUGUUGAUGAUCCUAGGCAUGAAAAGGGAAGGAGAUCAAUCAGGCAUACAAAGCCUGUUGCAGCUGAUCGAAGGAAAGGAGAAAAAGAUGCUGACCUGCAUGCUGCAGACUUAAUUGUGCGCAGCAAACAUUAUAACAUGUCUAGAAGUGUAGAGGAUGAAUAUAAUUUGGGUGAUGCUCCCAGAAGGAAGAGUAAAGAGGCACAUGAGGAGAAGAGCACUACUCAUACGCAUAUCUUAACUCAGAAAGAUCGCUGUUUGUAUUGUCUCGAGAACCCAUCCAGGCCAAAGCAUCUGGUUGUUGCUAUAGGGAAUUUUACUUACCUGAUGCUGCCACAAUUUGAGCCUGUUGUUCCUGGGCACUUUAUUAUUCUUCCACUGCAGCAUGAGUCUGCAACCAGAGGAAUUGAUAGGAAUAUCUGGGAGGAGAUUCGCAACUUCAAGAAGUGCCUCCUAAAAAUGUUUGCACAGCAGGACAAGGAUGUGAUUUUCAUGGAGACUGUCAUAUGCUUGGCCAAGCAACGGAGACAUUGCAUAAUUGAAUGCAUCCCUGUACCCUUGGAAGUUUCAAACAAAGCACCUAUGUACUUCAAAAAGUGGCAACCUUCGGCAAGUCAUCCCUGAGAACUUCCCCUACUUCCAUGUAGAGUUUGGGCUGGACCGUGGAUUUGUCCAUGUGAUAGAUGACGAUGCAAAUUCAGUGCUAGUUUUGGACUGAAUGUCAUCAGAGGGCUGCUCCGCUUUCCAGGGGUGGACAUGCACCGUCGUCGAAGGCUUGAGGCCAUGGAUAACCAGAAGCAAGCUGUAGCCAGCUUCCUGAAGGACUGGGAGCCCUUCGAUUGGACAAAGCAACUUGAACAGAUGUAAAUGCAAUGAAUUCCAUAUUUGUCACUGAAAAUUUGACUAUACGUCCAAUUGCCAUUCAGAAUUUGCCUGUUCCAAGAGGUAGUAUAUACUGUUAUGAUACCGGUAACAGAGCGUUUCUCAAGGCACGAUGUCUCUUGUGAAUCAAUAAAUAAAAGUUCUAUGAUACCAA